AUGAUUGAUCUCUGCUCUUUCAACAAAUCUCUUAAAGCAACAUGGGUUAAAAAGUACUUGGACACGACUAACCACGGAAAAUGGAAAUUCCUCUUUGAUCUAGAACUGGAGAACUACGGCCGCGAUCUCAUUUUCCGUGGUAAUCUCAAUGUCUCGGACACUAAGAAAGAGGUUAGAGCAACAGACCCCUUUCUUAAAGAAAUAUUGGAAUAUUGGGCAGAAAUAAACUUUGUGGAUCAAGUAAGCUCUGAUAUCGCUUUUCAAGAACAGUUUCUGUGGUUCAACUCUUUAAUAAGGAUAGAUAAUAAACCAAUUUUCUUUAAAGAAUGGCUUGAAAUAGGUAUCUCCAAGGUUAAACACCUCCAAUCAGGAAAAGAUAAUUUUCUGACUCUCAAAGAUUUUGCCUCCAAACAUGAUUUAAGGGUACGCCCGCUCAGUUUUUUUGGUUUAUUAUCAGCUGUUAAA